GGCGCAGAGAUUUCCCGUCAGAUCCCGGCAUAGUUUGCUCAAAACUCUCACGCCAAGAAAGAGCAGAUCGAACGAAUCAGAUGACAUCCUCGCACCGCCCGUGCGAUAGAUCUCUCUGCUGUCCUUCCACCGUUCUCUUCUCUCUGUCGUGGUGUCCCAUGGGUGGUGUCUCUGUCUUGGCCUCAGAUCCCUUCCCGGCUCAUCGGCAUCUGUUCUGCCAUCAGUCCCUCACGUUCUCUUCGGCAGCGGAACGACUCCUCUCAAGCUUCUCCCCAAUGACGAAGCCCAUCCUGCGCCUUGCUGUCGCCGUCCUGCUGGCCGCUGCUGUGUGCAAUGCGGUGUGACUGAAUACACAAAGGACGCCAACAAGUGGUCAUCCUUGGAUUCUUAUUGUGUUGCUCUGUCUGUCUGUCGUCUGUCUGUGAGCAGGGGAGGAACAUCUACGUUUCCAAUUCGUGCUAUGAGGGGAUUGAUGUCGCCCUCCACUACCGAGAUUCGAGCCGCGGGUGGGUCACCGAAUGCUGGUGGUCAGUCGAGCCGCACACAGGGGAUUUCCUCGCAACCAGCGGCAGCCGCAUCCAGACCGAUAGCACGUCGAUGUACCACUUCGCGGAGACCUUCAGUGACGGGAAGCUAUGGUCGGGCAGCAGCCUGAGCACAAUGUGUAAGGGCCGCUCUCUCAGCAUGACACCAACGAACAGCCGCAUCGGACCGGACGGCAACGUGUACGUGAACUUCUCGUGCCCGAACCGUCGCCUCCGGGCGGGUGUUGCUGACGAGAUCCUCCCCGAGGACAUAGAGCUCAAGCACAAGAAUGCCAAUAUCACGACUUCCGCUCGGGCUCACGCGUGAGGUGUGUGCGCGUGAGGCGGGGGCGGGCGCGGCGCUCGGAC